AAGAUAAAAAACGCUGCUGAAAAUCUGUUUAGUUCCGGGUUAUGAAAAAUGGCGGCUAUUGGUGCAGAUAAAAUGGAUGAUCUGGAAGAUGGAGAGAUCUCUGGGUCUGACUCCGAAUCUGAAAUGGGAAUAACGGCUGGAGAACGAGUCCAGCCACACGUAGCUCCUGCUUUCAUGGGCCAGUCAUUCCAGAGCCGUCCCCCCCCACAGACAACCCCCUCUGUCACCAGUUACCGCAAUAUGGCCGCAGCCGACAGCAGCGAGAGCGAUUCUGACUCCGAUGAGGGAGCCGCCCUGUGGAAACGGAAGCGUCAGCGCUGCUCCCUAGCCCCUCCGGCGCCACCUGCGCCCACCCCAGCCCCUCUGUCUGCUGGGGCACUGGGCCGGCGGGUCAACAACAUCUGGGGCUCAGUGGUGCAGGAGCAGAGCCAGGAGGCAGUAGCGGUGGAGCUGGGCAUCAUGGGAAUGGAGGGCGGAGUCACCAUGAGCAGCCGGCAGUGCGAGACUUACAACUAUGUGCUGGCCCGCAAGCUGAUGGAAAAGGAGAGGCAGGAGAUACAGGAAGAGCAGGGCGGCGCCGUCGAGGCCAUGCUGGAUAGCCAGCUGGAGGAGUAUAUGGAGAAAGGUGACAGCAAGGAGAACGGUGGCCACCACAAGAGGAAGCGGCCGGCCAAGGAGAGGCUCGGGCCCAGAGCGGAGAUGGACGUUACAGGCCGAUACGAGAUAACAGCGGAGGAUCCCGAGGAAAAGGUGGCAGAUGAGAUUGCACACAGAUUAAUGGAGCCUAAAAAAGUAUUGAUUGAGCGAGUGGUGAGGGUCAUUGGAAAGAAGAAAGCGAUAGAGCUUCUGGUGGAGACAGCCACCAUCGAGCAGGAGGGCGGGCUUUACACCAUGGACGGCAGCAGGAGACGGACGCCCGGCGGCGUAUACCUGAACCUUCUGAAACACACACCCAGCAUCUCCAGCGAACAGGUCAAGGAGAUAUUCCUCGAGGAAAACCAGAAGGAAUGCAGCAACAAGAAGGCUGCCAAGAAGAGGAGGAGACACGAGGUGGCCAAGAAGAUGAAGCAGGCGCUCAACACGCUGAACCUGCAGGAACAUGACGACAUCUCCCGGGAGACGUUCGCCAGCGACACCAACGAGGCACUGGAAUCCCUUGAGGAGAUGCCAGAGGGGCAACCAGAGGCUGCCCAGGGCACGGAGGACACGCCCGUGGUCUACAGCUCCAGUGACCUGGAAGUGUUUUGACGCACGGCAGCGUUCCACUGCUGGGCCUCCACAACAGGUUUGAACCACUGUGGCUCUUGGUCUGACACGGUUGGGUCUUUGAGCAAUGGCUCGAAAUUUCAAAAACAUCAUCAGAACCAGCGUGUUUGUCGCCAUCCGUCAUACCUGUAGGGCUGGAAUUGUCAGUCUCUGCACUGCGAAUGGAUUUGCUGGACUGAACAAUAAAUCUAACUAAUUUCUGUUCAAAAGUCCCACCUUUAGGUGGCAGCAUCGAGCUCUGUUUACCUCUGUGUCAGUUAUCUUAAUACACACUAGUACUCACAAGUCUCAAAAUCAGAUUUUUUUUUUUUGGUAACAUGUGGAAUACUUUGACAGCCAGCAGAGGUGUAAAGCUCCACGAUCAAUCCACUCUAAGAAAACAUCAGCUAAGCAUGUAGUCAUUUUCUUUAUUCCUGUUUAGCCUCUUGCUGGGUGUAUGCAGCCACAGGGCGUUUUGUCAUAUUCAUCAGAGAAAGAUGUGUGACUCCCUUCGGAUGUGUGAUCAGUACAGGUACACUAUGGAAAUGAAGGUCUCCUGUAAAGAGAUCAUGUGUCAGUUCCUUUGCCCAUAAACCAAGAAGAAAUUUUGGAUUCGUUUAGAUUUCAUUUUUAAUACUGCUGUAAACUUUGUAUGUUUUCAUUUCCCCCAUAAAGAUUUUGCUGUUUUCUCAAAUAAAAAUUCCUGAUAUCA